UUUACAUUUUCGUUUUCGCACUGUAAAACUGGGAAUCCAGCUCAGACCUUUAUUGCUAUAAUGUGACAAUGUAUAAAUGAUAACUUUGUGCGGUUUGUAAUGAUUAAAAUGUUAUUUAACAAUUCUUAAUAGUUGAAAAAUUGUGAAUAAACAAUGUCUGAAUGUAGGAUUUGCUUGGAAACCAGGAAGAAUGUACGGUGCAUAUUUAAGGGCACAGAUGGGGAUCUCAACACUACGUUCGCUGACAUGAUAACAUACGUCGCUAGUAUUAAGAUUACAAGAGAAGACGGGAUCACAGACCAGAUAUGCCUGGCUUGUCGGAAAAAGCUCAAAGAGUUAUAUGAUUUUAAACUUCUUAUACUAAGGUCCAACACUCAAUUGCAUCAAAAGAACAAUUCAAAUUUCAAAAGGAUCCAUUUUAACGACAUAACUGAUGUCAAGCUUGAAAUUGCUGUGGCCCCAACUGAUGAGAAAUAUCUACUCAAAGAAUAUGAGGACAUUAAGAUGAAUCUGCAGAGUGCAGAAGACUCUGUAUGUUACAAGGAUACCACAAUUAAGAAGGUGGAGCCAAGUUCCAUAGAAGUGGAGGUGGAUAAUCAGCCGAUGUCUGUCAUGGACUUCCUUGAUACCAUCAAAGAUGAUCUGGAAAAUGACUAUGAUCAGGAUUAUGAUGCGGCCCAAGGUGAUCCAGACUCGGACUCUGAUGAGUAUUUGCCACACAGCAUUAUACAGAAGAAAUAUGGGAAAAAACACAAGAAAAAGAAAAAGACUAAAUUAUCAAAACCCACCAAAAACGGAAACGGCAAAACGGAAGCACCCAACAGGGUCCGCAUAAAACCGACCUGGAUCGAGGACCUCCGAGUAAUGGCCACGUACGAGCCGAAGAAACCGCGGCAGAAGAAGAAAUACAAGUCCAAGACGAAGGAGGGGAUGUGCCCCUACUGCGGCAAGCUCUCCAAGAAUCUGACCAGCCAUCUUGUGUUGCAUAACGAGCCGCUGUAUAAGUGCGGUUUUGAGGGCUGCGGCAGAACCUUCCACCACCGCAGUGCCAUGCUGAACCACGAGCGCGCACACACCGCCGCGCGGGACUACCACUGCGACCAGUGCGUCGCCGCCUUCCACUCGCAUCACGCGCUCAACCAACACAAAAAAUGUCACGACCAGACAAGAAGAUACGUUUGUGAAACCUGCAGCAAAUCUUACAAGAGGGGGCACCAGCUAUCGCGACACGUCCGCACUCACAACUCCGCCAACAAGAACGUCCAGUGCGAGCUGUGCAACAUGUCCUUCUUCUCGCAGAUCGGGCUGAGACACCACAUGAGGGUGCACACCGGGGAGCGGCCCUACAACUGCGAGCUGUGCUCGCAGCCGUACAGCUACAAGCACGACUUCAACCGCCACUGCCUCAAGAAGCACGGGGUGUUCCUCAAGCGGCGCUCGGUCAACGUGAUGAACGCAGAGGUGCUGGUUCGCGAGCGCUUGCUGAUGCGCGAGCUGGUGGCGGCGGCGCGCUCCGGGGCCAUGGGCCCGCCGCCGGCGGUCUUCGUCGGCAAACAGGGUGCGCUGGCCUACGAGCUUGCCAUCCGCACUCUACGCAAGAACCCGCUGCUCCUCGCGCCGCACUCUUGAUGACAAAUCAUAAUACAACCAUUAGGUAAUAGAAGUGAUGUGAACAUUUGACUCAUUUGAGGGCACA